AAAAAAGACAACUUGAGAAAAAAAAAUUGCACAAGAUUAUUUCGCCUCAUCCGUAUCCACAUUGAAGUUCUGGUAUUGCGGGGAAAGAUAACAAGGGACACUGAUUUGAUUCGUCGAGAACAAGGCUGGAAAAUAGGGAAUUAACUUGCGAACCAUGAUGAAUCUUUGACGAAACAACCGGAACGGAGUGUCGCCGAGUCAUAUUUUCAUCAGGAUUCGAUUUUUUUUUUGCACUUUUGGUUGGCUUAUCUAGCACUCGAAACAUUUAGAAGAAAUAUGGACAAUUUAAUUUUUUACCUUGCGAAGAUAGCUUUAGUGCUGGCUUUCUUGGCAACGACACCUACUAGAGGAAACGAUUCGUUUUUUGGUCUAUAUCGAGCAACACGCUCAGGUCCUCCUCUCGCCAUCAAUCAAAAUCCCGUAUGUAAAAAAGCCCAGUUGCUGCACAGCGACGUAGUACAGAAUGCCUCUUUGGAGGGCCAGCUGCAAGCCGGGAAUUUUACAUUUCUCGGGGCUGUCAAAGAUAUGGAAGAAUGUAUGUCACUGUGCUGUGCCAGCAAACGUUGUCAACUGGCAUACAUGGAUAAGGCCAAAUGUUAUGGCGUCAAGUGCUACAGCGAGGAACUGUGCAAAAUAACAACUGGUAUCUCAACGAAUGACGUCAAGAUAUCGCUUAUGGUUAGGAAUGAUAUCAACAGAAAAGCUUACGUAACAGCUUACAUUGUGGUGGUAGUUGUGGCAUUUGGGGCUGCAGUGUCUGGAACUGUAUGGGCUGUCUUUAUUUUUGUUAGAAGGUAUCGAGAAAAUGGCGGACCGAAUUCAAGCAAGGGUGAAGGUGACGAAGAAGAAGAUAUAAAUGCUGAACCUAAGGUUUAUUGAUUCAAGCAACCAGAAGCAGAGGAUAAACUUUGAACUUCUUAGUCAAUUAGACACCUUCAAAAAUAGACUUAAUGACUCUGGCAGCUUGGAGCAGAGGAACAAAAUGGCAAAAAUUUAAAUAUGAAAAUUAUAUCACGGACGAGAUAAAUGAAAUAAAUGGCGGCAUUUCGUCAGAGAAUGUAUAACUUCACUGGUCUGUGCAGAGAUAAUGUUGAUGACCAGAUAUGUACCAAUCAUUCUUAAACAUAUCCGCAAGUAUCUUUCGAUUUUAUGACGAAAUCGAUUCCUUUAGAAUCGAGUUGACCAUGAUGAUCAAUGUUCUUUAAUUUUUUUUUCUUUUCUCUCAAAUGUAUCUCAUUAAGAUCGCUUGGUGUUGAACAUUGUCAGAGACAAGAAAUCCACAUUUCUCUUCUUAACGGGAGGAAAAGGACAAAAAAGAGAUAAAGGCCGUGCUUACACGAGGAGAGAGAAAAUUGUUUCAUUUCUUGCGAUAUAUUGCAGAGUUACACUGCUGCGGAAAGCUGAUCAUUACUAAAAGUGGGAGAACUUCACCUGUACUGCGAAAACUAAUACUAUUAGUCAGCACACAUGGUGAAUCUCGAGAAUUUAGUCUGAAUUAUUGAAGUUUAUCAUUGGUGGUCUAUCUUAGGAGUAAGCUCUCUUCCCAACUCUCAGAUUGAGAAAAAGAUCCAAGAGAGCUCAAUGCGCUAAUUAAUUUAAAGGUGUUUUCACAAAACGUGACUAGAUAAACCACAAUGUACGAAGGAGCAAUAGAAAUCUUUUUCCAUAUGUUCAUGGUAGGGAAAAAAUCCUACAAUUAUCUCCCGAGAUAAUUGCCAUAACAUUGUAUUAGAUAUUGCAUGUAAC